AUGAAAGGGCUCUCUUUCUUCAAUAGAAACAAGAAUAAAAACAAGGGAGAUCAGAAAGGCAAAGAAGGAGGCGAUGAUGGAGGUUCAUCAUCUCCUUCUGCUCUUUCACCCGGAGGAGGUAACAACAACAAUAACGGCUCAUUAUCUUCCCGAUCUGCUUCCACGUUUAGUGGAGCAAGUAGCACCAGCAGCAACGAUAGUACUUUGUACACUAAUAACAAUACAUCAUCAUCAUCGACCAACACCACUUCCUCGACUCUAUCAUCAUCAUUGGGUACGUCCUCACCCAUUAGUAGUGGCGGUGGUACCAUCAACAACAAUAACGACUCGACUAGUGUACUGGACAACAUUCCGGCCGUUGCUGUAAAGACUCUCAUCGCUAAAACACUCCAAGCAAUUCAUGAGGUUUGUGAGCUUCAUGGAGAAUAUUUGACCAUUGCUAUCGAUGAUGAGCAAUUCAAACAAAAGCUCUCUAGUCUACCCAAAUCAGAGAUUAGAAAACAUAUUGAUUUGUUAAUUGGAAAACGGGAUGUUUGGAGUAGCGAGUCUGAAGAAGUAUUUGCGUUUAGAUAUAACAUCAGAAAGGCUCAUCAAAUGAGCGAGAACAAGUCCAUAGAGAGAGGUGAUUUGUUGCCUCCUGUCUAUCUCACUUCUGAUACGAGCUUUGAUCCGAAUAUUAAAUUCUAUUGUAAAGUGAAUUUGGUUGGAGACAACUUUCAAAGAAUGGUUGACUGUGAACCAUUUAUGUCUGCGGAUGACUUUGCCGACUUUUUCAUCAACAAGAUUAACAAGUCACAUUUAUUGAAUAGAAAGAAAGAGGACUGGAUCUUCAAAGCAACAGGUACAUCAGAAUACAUUUACGGUAAUGAAAGAAUGAUUGAUUUCGAAGUCAUUCGUAGAUGUCUCAAACGUGGUAUCACUCGAGUACAAUUGAACCUCAUGGACAAAGAGACUGUACUGAGAGAGUUGGAUCCAUAUGACAUGAAUCUCAAGACUACAGAUUAUGAUUUUGAAUACAAACGCACACACAGAUACUCGGUGCAAGAUCAUGCACGAUUUCGUAAAUUCCAAAAGGACAUCCACAAUAGAAAACAUAUGUAUUUACACUAUUCAAAGUUCUGUGGAGAGGAGAAUCCCUACAAGUCAUCCAUGCAUGACCAUGACGACGACUCUAAUAGUUUUACAAGUAACAGCGGUAGCAAUGCAGCUGCUAUUGAUGAAGAUGUAGAUAUGACAUGGAUCCGAAGGGUUGACGAACAGUCGAACAGCUCUACAAGCAGCACUUCCACAAGCUCUCUCACACAUGAUAGUCUCACUCUCAACAAUCACAACAGCACCGAAACACUUAUCAAACAACAAAAAGCAAUCACUUUAUGGGAUCUACAUCGUCCUUUCCGUAUCAAAAUUAUGGGUAUUGACAAUAUUCUAAAUGCAGAUAAUGUUUUGAAGUAUGGAGUACCUGGAUUAGAGCGAGAAGCGAUUGAGGGAGAUCGUUUGAUUUAUGUAACUGCUCAAGUUUUUUUGGGAGGAAUGCCAUUGACAAAUUGCAGAGUUACAAGAUGUGUGUUAUUCUCUGGUAAUAAGUCAACUUGUCCACGUUUCAAUCAAUACAUUACCUUCCCAGAAUUGUACACUUCUGAAUUGCCACGAGAAGCAAAGAUUUGUCUGAGUGUGUACAGUAAGCCUUACUCUCAGAAUGAUCCUCAUUUGAUUAUUCCUACGAAUCGUUCGCCAACCAUCCAGGAUUUGGUUAAGAUUUGCAAUUGUACCAUAAGAAAGGGAGUUAUUUCUGAGAAUACUGUUAACAGCGCAAACAGCAGUGGUGCAACUCUCAAUUCAUCGGGUGGAUCUUCAGCCAUCACAAUUGUAAACAACUCACCACAGUCAACCUCUGUACCAGGUCCUAAUAUUCAAAUACUAGGAACAUCCCCUAUCUCAAACCCAACCGAUAUGAAUGGCGCUGUUAUUAAUGCAGCUGCUGUGGACGAUGAGGAAGUGAUGGAUCAUGAACAUUUAACAUCAGUAGAGGGCAAAAAAUCAAAGGGUGACAAGAAUGCAAUGAACGCAAUGCCUAUUGGUGGAUUGAACUUCCAAUUAUUCAAUUUUUGUGGAACUUUGAAGCAAGGAGCAUACUCUUUGAAAUUGUAUCCAAACAAAGAGGCUAGACCAAUUAUGACCAGUGGAGAGUGUAAAUUGAGUAGUAUUGGAAUUUCUUUCUGUUUGGAUGAAUACUUGUUGCCAGUGGUAUAUCCUGAUGAUGAGGAUUCAUUCUCUUCUUGCGUACAAACUGACCAAACAAACACCUCUUUCAACAAUACCCUGCAGGAAUUGAAGGAAAGAAAGGAGAAUUUGUCGCGCUCUUUGAGCAGUGCAACUCCUGGAACUUUUGACAAUAGUGGAAGCUUAUCAGCAAGAAACAAAUCCCAUACACAAUCACCACUUUCAAUGAUGUCUUCACUUUCGGAUUCCUCGUCAAAUACCUCUUCAUAUACUUCUCAGCUUCAAACUACCAAGCCAAUAGCACCUAAUAAGCUCAAAAUCAAACACCUUCCAGAACAUUUAACAAGACGUUUCGAAGAAUAUGUUGCCAAAAAGAAUUCUGAAAUUUUGCGAUCUCCAGAAAUUAUUGAAAAGAAACUUGAGAAAAUUUUGCACUAUGACCCUCUUAAGACGCUCAACACAGAAGAGCGUUGGUUAUGCUUUACAAAUAGAGACAAGUUGUACAAGAAUCCAAAAGCUCUAUCAAAAUUCUUACUCUCUGUACCAUGGAAAUAUCCAGAGGCUAGAUUAAUUGCAAAGGAAUAUUUAGCUAAGUGGUCUGUAAUGGAACCUAUUGAUGCUUUGGAAUUGUUGGAUCACAACUUUGGAGCUAGUUUCAUCCGAGAAUAUUCCAUUUCGAGAUUGAAUCAACUGUCUGAUCAACAAUUGUGUAACUUUUUACUUCAAUUGGUUCAAGUUUUGAAAUUUGAAAGUUAUCACGACUCAGCUUUGGCUAGAUUUUUAUUACAGCGUGGCUUACGUUCUCCGAAUAUUAUUGGUCAUAUUUUGUUUUGGCAUUUGAAGGCGGAAAUGUACGUUCCCUCUAUUUGUGAACGACAUGGCUUGAUAUUGGAGGAGUACUUGAGAAAUUGCGGCUCCCAUCGUGUCGCUCUUUUGCAACAGUCUGGAGUGCUCAAUCAACUUAAUAUCAUAGCGGAAGGAGUGAAACAGAUAAAGGACAAGGAAGAGUGCAAAGAGUAUGUGAGAACAUGUUUGGGCGAGUUGAAACAUCCACCCAAAUUUAAGCUACCACUUUCACCUCGUAUGGAAGUGAAAGGUAUAGAAAUAGAUCGAUGUAGAGUAAUGAGUUCGAAGAAAAAGCCACUUUGGUUGGUAUUCCAGAAUGCAGAUCAAACUGGAGAACCCAUUCAAGUCAUGUUCAAGGCUGGUGAUGAUUUAAGACAAGAUUUAUUGACCCUACAAAUUCUCUCGAUCAUGGACCAAUUAUGGAAGAAGAAGUCGUUGGAUCUACACAUGAAUCCAUAUGGUUGUAUUUGCACAGGAGAUCAACAAGGUUUUAUUGAACUUGUCAUUGAUAGCGACACUGUGGCAAAUAUUACUGCAGGUGACAACGGUGGUAUUGGUGCAGCUUUGAACGCUUUCUCCUCAGGACCUCUGGAAGAAUGGCUCAUAAAGAAUAAUGGUGGAGAUAAGAGUUCCAAAGAAUAUGAAAAGGCAGUUCAGAACUUUACAUAUUCAUGUGCUGGAUAUUGUGCUGCCACUUAUGUAUUAGGAAUUGGUGACCGUCACAAUGACAACAUCAUGUUAACUCGAAAGGGAGACUUAUUCCACAUUGACUUUGGUCACUUUUUAGGAAAUUACAAGAAGUUCAAAGGAGUUUACAAGAGAGAAACUACUCCAUUCGUUUUCUCAGCCAUGUAUGAAAAAGUUAUGAAAUCCUAUGACCAAACCUUUAACACUUCGUACUUCUCCCAAUUUGAGGAGUUGGGAGCAAAGGCUUACAACAUUUUGAGAGAGAACGGCCAUUUAUUAAUGAAUCUUUUCCUCCUCAUGCUUGCAACAGGCAUUCCUGAGCUUCAAUCAGUAUCAGACAUCAAGUUUUUGAGAAAACGAUUAAUCUUAGAUGAGACUGAUGAAGAGGCUGAGAAACACUUCAAGUCAAAGAUUGACGAAGCCUUAGAUAAUACUAGAUCAAAGCUUAUGGACUUUGUGCAUAUUGCCAAACACAAAUAA